UUCAUUAGAGGUUUAAAAGAGAAAAAAAAAACAAAAUUUUCUCAAAAUGCCUUCCGAUACUACGCCCAUUAUUGAACCGCGUCCAUUGCAUGCUGUCAUUUUCGAUCGUUUAGAAGUUAUACUUAAUAUAAUUAAUCAAAUGUGUAUUGGUUUUGUAACGAUCUAUAUAAGUUGGAUGUAUCUGCGCACAGGACUAGCUGGUACCGGUCUACAUGCUUGGCUAACAACAAUAGGAUUCUCCUUUCUUAUGGCCGAAGCUAUAAUGUGUCAUUACAAUCAAAAUGUUUUGACGUUAAGCUUUCGUCGCAACACAAAAACCCUCAUACAUUGGGUGCUACAAGUUUUGGGUGGAGGAAUUGGCAUUGCUGGUGUUCUCAUCCAAUUAAUACAUGACAAAUUUGAUCUGUUCAAUGCUCAUGCAAAAUUAGGUUUUGCCGCUUUUAUCUUGUGUUUAAUUAGUUUCGUUACGGGUUUAUCGGCCUUAUUCUCCACCACUUUGAAACGAUUUUUAAGUCCCCUGCUAAAUAAAACUUUUCAUAAUAUUUUGGGUAUGAGUACAUUUGUUGUCGCUCUAGUUGCCCAAUAUUAUGGUUACAAUACUCGAUUAUUUACACGUAAUGUACCCUCAAAUGAUUUUGUUAUAUUAAUGAAAUGUUUGACAUUAAUAUCGGCUGUUCUGACGUGUUUGGGUCCUUUAAAGACCUUGAUUUAUAAAUUAAAAGAUGUUAUUAGUCAGUAUAGAGAAAAUUAUUGA